GUGCAUCCCGUGGGCCCGUAAAGAAGGGCACGGCGGCAGACCACCCGGUGUUCGUUUGCAGCAUCACCCACCUUGGGCUUUCCUGCUUUCCUUGUCCAGGCCUCCACCUGAGACGCUGGGUUUGGACCCUCUCGGCCUCGUGGAACUUGGACUUUCAGACCCCCACCCCACCGCAUGUGGCUCUUGGAGAAAGCUGGCUACCGGGUGGGGGCCGCGGAGCCCAGGGCCUGGUGGGCGUCCUCCGGCCUGUUUCCUAAGCGCCGCACCCCGUGCCCGCUGGCUCGCGCCUGUCCCAACGUCCUCACCCCCGAUCGCAUUCCGCAGUUCUUCAUCCCGCCUCGGCUCCCCGACCCAGGCGGUGCCGGGCCCCUCAGCGGGCGCGACGCGGGCGGUCGCGGCCUCCCCGCGUCCUGUUCGCUGCCGCACCUGGCGGGCCGCGAAGGCUGGGCCUUCCUGCCCGAGAGCCCGCACACGCGCCGACGCGAGUCCCUGUUCCACUCGCCGCCGCCCGCCCCCGCCGGGGGGCUGCCCCCCGCGCAGUCCAGGCUGCACGACUCCUACCCGGACCUGCGCCUCUGCCGGGCCCCCGACAGCGACACGGCCUCGUCGCCAUCGCCCGACUCGUCACCCUUUGGCUCGCCGCGGCCAGGCCCCGGCCGGCCCCGGCCGCCCAGGCCGCGCUCGCUGUCCCCGGAGGAGGCGAGCUCGGCCAAUACCAGCCCGUACGCGCCGCGCCGAACGGGGCGGCCCACGCCGCCGCUCUUCCACCUCGACUUCUUGUGCCGCCAGCUGCGGCCGGCCAAGGAGAGCGUGCUGCACCUCGAGCCCCUGGGCGGGCAGCUGCGGCUCUCCGCCGAGUACCAGGCCUGGCCGGGGCGGCUGCGGCUGCGCCUGGUGAGCGCCGAGGGCCUGCCCGCGUCGCGGGCCGGCCCCGGGAGCGGCGGCGGCGGCGGCGGCUGCUACGUGGUGGUGAGGCUGCGGCCGCGCGCCCGGGCGCGGGGCCAGCGGAGCCGCGUGGUCAAAUGCAGCGCCAACCCCAUCUUCAAUGAGGACUUUUUCUUCGACGGGCUCGGCCCGCCCGACCUGGCCGCCCACAGUCUGAGGGCCAAGGUGCUGGACAGGGGAGCAGGCUUCCACAGGGACGUGCUGCUAGGGGAGUGUGAGACGCCCCUGAUUGCCCUGCUGCCCCCCCUGCGUGGCGGGCUAGGUCCCGGAGCCUCCCUGGAGCCUGCCCAUCUCAGCCCAUAG